UUGAAGAUCGAAACCCCCAUACGGAAACAAUAUCUACAAUAUCUAAUAAAAUGGAUCGGUGGUUGAAUCGCGUUGCUGUGGUCACGGGAGCCAGUUCUGGAAUCGGAUCUGCCUGCUGCAAGGAUCUGGUGGCCAAGGGCAUGGUUGUCGUGGGAUUGGCCCGUCGAGAGGAGCGCUUAAAGGAGCUGAAGGAAUCGUUGCCGGCGGAUCAACAGGCCCGCUUCCAUGGCCGCAAGUGUGACGUCAGCGUGGAGCAGCAGGUGGUCGAGGCCUUCGCCUGGGUGGACGAGACCCUCGGGGGAGCCGACGUCCUGGUGAACAACGCGGGCAUUCUCACCCAAUCCAACAUCACUGAUGCAGACAAUGCCGCCGACAUGCGUUCCGUUCUGGACACCAAUGUCCUGGGUUUCGUUUGGUGCGCCCGCGAAGCCUUCAGAUCGCAGCAGAAACGGAACAUCAACGAUGGCCAUGUGGUGGUCAUCAACAGCGUAUUGGGUCACAAAAUUCCCAAUAUGCCCGGUUUCGGCUUCAAGAUGUACGCCCCAUCCAAGUUUGCCGUGACCGCUUUGGUGGAGGUUCUACGCCAGGAGUUCCAGGAAAAGAAGACGCAGACUAAGAUAACAAGCAUUAGCCCUGGAGCUGUCGACACAGAGAUUAUUGACCCAAAAAUCAAGGAGACCGUUCCGAACUUCCCCAUGUUGCGUUCUGAGGAUGUGGCUGAUGCUGUUUCGUAUUGCAUCCAGACGCCUCCCAAUGUGCAGAUCCACGAGUUGACCAUUAAGCCGAUCGGCGAGUCCUUUUAAAUGUUGCCUUAGUGGAACUGGACACUUCUCGAACCCCAAUGAUGCAUCAUCAAUAUCGAAAUGAGGAGUAGCUCCUACUGAAUAACACAUUUUGCAUAUUUUGAUUGAAGUAAAUAUAAGAAAACUAUCAUGUGAUUAACAAAGAGAAAUUAAAUAAUUGCGUUCCCAGAACGGGAAGCAGUUGCUACGAAUAAAAACCUAAGUUUUAAAUUA